AUGGAUCCUAUCAUCCUCAGCAAGCGCAAUCGUUAUCUUGCCUUUCACGUCAACAGGAGCUCCAAGAUGGACUCCAUAUCAAAUAAUAACAAGCGAGACUACAGCAGCCUCCAGCAUGGCGAUGGGGGGCUCUGCGGCGCCGGGAAGAUCAGUCACGACUUUUGCGUGGCUCUGGUUUGGAAAACAAGCUUGUUACAUCCUCACUCACAUUACCCUGCAUAUCGUUUGUCGGCCAUCGCAUCGAGGAGUUUGGAGCGGGCCCAAGACUUUGCCAAGAGGCACGGUGUCCUUAAGGUGGACGGUACCUACGAAGAGCUGGCUCACGACCCAAAUGUUGACAUUGUGUAUGUGGGAGUGCUACACACAAAACACUGGCGAGUGGGUCUCAGUUUCCUCAACGCUGGCAAGAACCUGCUGCGUGAGAAAUCUUUCGCCAUGAACUACAAACAGGUCAAAGACCUCGCGGAAGCUGCCAGGAGGAACAACAUGUUCUUGAUGGAGGCCAUCUGGUCCCGCUGCUUCCCCGCACAUGCCGAGGUGGGCCGGCGGAUGGGCGAAGGGGCCGUGGGGGAUGCCAAACUGGUCAAGGCCUACUUCGGCUCCCCCCGGCUCGACAUCCCACGCUCAGUGGAGAGCGAGCGUGGAGGAGGAGCCCUGCUGGACAUCGACGUGUACUGCGUGCAGUUUGUCCUGAUGGCAUUCGACGGUGAGAGGCCGGAAUCCGUCCGGGCCACCGGGGUGUUGCUUGACUCGGGAGUGGAUGAUUCUGUGGUUGUGGUGAUGAAGUUCUCCAGGAAGAGGAUGGCUACGUGCACCUUCGCCGUCACUGUCCGUCUUCCAAACAAUGCUGUCAUCGGUGGCACCAAGGGGUCAAUCCAAGUGCGCGGGCGCACGCACUGCCCUAACAGGGUCGUGGGGAACGGCAAAGUGAGCCGGUAUUCCUCUGCCAGACUUUCCUACGAAGCCGAGGACGUACGACAGUGUCUGCUUAAAGGUCUUAAGGAGAGCCCACGGAUGCCUCUGGCCGACUCCAUCUUACUUACAGAGAUCAUGGAAAAAAUCAGGAAGCAGGUGGGUGUCAUCUUCAGCCAGGACAGCCAAUGAUGGCGCUUGGAGGCCCGGCCUGCUUCACUUAAAACGCUAAGACGGUAGCGACGGAGGAGAAAGCGUCUUUGCAUCUCAGCGACAAAAACGACAUGG